UUUUUAUGUACGAGAUGACAAUUGGGGAAUUCCCGUGACUUGGAGGAAAAAUAAAGUGUGUAAUACUCUCAAAACAAUAGAUAUGAGAAAGUUGCAAAAACAGUGUGCCGACAGUGGGUUGUUUGACUCUAUGUUUGACCCAUUGGAAUUGGCUCUUGAUGGUGGGAAGAUCGAUUUUGCCUCUAUUCGAGCCAAGAAGCAAAAACAAGAGACCGAGUCACGCCCUACUCGGGUUGAUACUUUGAAAGUUGGUGAUGAUGAUGAUGAUGAUGAUGAUGAUGGCCUUCAGCGGCGCAACAACUGUUUUGAGGAGGAGGUAAUCCAGGGAUUGGAGAAGCGCCCGGGCGGUGAAUCUUCAGCAUGCACUCGUGGUGGCAAAGGUUUGUUCCUAUCCGAGGUAAAUGGCGUGGAGACACUUUGGGACCCAUCGGAUGAUGAUUUUGCUGUGGCCAGGACUCGGGCAGUUUCUACCGAGUACGAUAUGUGUCGCCUAUCAAAGAAACCGAUUGACCAACUUAUUGCCGCGAUACAUGCGAAUUCGGCUAGAAGUAUCACCCUUGCCGACCUCGUUUCUAUGCAUGUGGAGGAAGCAAAAGGAGCUUUAUUGAAGGUCAAGGCGGAGUACAUCCAGUUGAACAGCCAGUACAUUGAUAUGUGUAAUCGGUGCACGGAGCAGUCGACACAGAUUUCCCUUUUGAAAGCAAACCUGGAGAAGGAACGUAUGGAGUGGAAGGCUUCAUAUGAGCAACUCGAGGCAAAAUAUCAUCAGGCCAAGGAGAAGGCGGAGGAGGGUGCUGUGAAAAGGGUUGAAGAUACAGCGACGUAUCGGGAUGUCGUUUUGCUUUGCCGCAAGCAGAUGCGCGAGACCUUGAAUGGCUAACAAUUCCUUUUUUUGUUUUUUUUGUUUUCCUGUUCUAGCUUUAUUUUGCUCGUCUUUUAGGCGUUUUGCCAAUUUCUUUUUGCUAGUAGGACUUUGGUUUUGGUUUUCUUUUGCUACUCUAUUUUGAGUGUUUUGAUUAGUUGCAAAUUCAUAUCCAUAUAUAUCCUCACACAAAGACACCAAGUUCUGCCAUUUUGUAAUUGCGGUUGAUUUUUUUGACUC